UUACACACACGGUGCUCUACACAAUCAACUCCAGAAAUACCGAUUCCAAUAUGGCAGAUCAUUACACCUCCUUGUUUAUUAUUUGCUGAAAUUUAAUCGUUCAUACGCGCAAGCGCUACAUUUAAUAAUGAAAGUGAACGAAAAGACCCGUCUUGUUGGCAAGAAUGUUAUUUUGGUACCGUAUACAGCAACACAUGUUCAGAAAUACCAUGAGUGGAUGAAGUCCCCAGAACUGCAACACUUUACUGCGUCCGAACCGCUGACUUUGGAGCAGGAAUAUGCUAUGCAAAAGAGUUGGUUCGAGGAUGAAGAUAAAUGCACCUUUAUCAUUCUAGACAAAAGUCGAUAUGAUAAAACGCAUAGUGAAAUUGAUGCUAUGAUUGGGGAUACGAAUUUAUUUUUUAACAAUUCGGAUGAGAGGGGUACUGCUGAGGCCGAAAUUAUGAUAGCAGACGAGAAAUCCAGAGAAAAAAGAAUGGGUUGGGAAGCUAUGAUACUAAUGCUACGCUAUGGGUUCGAAAAAUUAAAGGUGAACAAAUACCAGGUAAAAAUUUCGAUGGACAAUGAAAAGAGCCUAAGAAUGUUUUCUAAAUUAAAAUUUCAUGAGGUAGAACGAAGUUCGGUAUUUCAAGAAAUCACUUUCACCAAGGACUGUGAAGAAGAUUGGAUAAAAUGGCUGGUUUCCGAAACUGCAGAUGCAAUACGGGACGAAAAUUAUGAAUGAUGUACCUUUUCUUGAUGACAAAAAAUAUCGGUUUCAUAUUUUCCUGAUUCUAAUUACAAACAUAAUUGUUUAAUUUUUGUUUCGCAACUAUUUUUUCUCAAAAUCUGUACCAUGUUAUAUUUGCAUAAUAAAUAAUACACAACUCAUAGAACACCCUCACAAAA